AUGAAAAAGAGUAAGCCUCCUCCUAAGCGAACCUCUACCAAGGACCGACACACCAAAGUCGAAGGCCGAGGCCGUCGGAUCCGUAUGCCUGCCAUGUGCGCUGCUCGUGUCUUUCAGCUAACACGUGAGCUUGGCCAUAAGUCCGACGGUGAAACCAUCGAGUGGCUACUCCAACAAGCUGAGCCGGCGGUUAUAGCCGCUACAGGGACUGGAACCAUUCCGGCUAACUUCACUUCUUUAAAUAUCUCACUUCGUAGCUCAAGAUCCUCUCUCUCUGCUGCUCAUCUUCGUACAACUCCUAGUAGCUAUUACUUCCAUUCUCCUCAUCAGUCCAUGACUCAUCUUCAGCAUCAUCAUCAGCAACAGGUUCGUCCCAAGAACGAGUCACAUUCUUCGUCUUCUUCUUCUUCACAGCUUUUAGAUCACAACCAAAUGGGGAACUAUCUAGUACAAUCAACCGCCGGAUCUUUACCUACGAGCCAGAGUCCUGCCACGGCGCCGUUUUGGAGUAGUGGUGACAACACACAGAACCUAUGGGCUUUUAAUAUCAACCCUCACCAUUCCGGUGUUGUCCCCGGAGAUGUUUAUAACCCCAACGGUGGUGGUGGCGGCGGUGGAGGUGGAGGUGGUGGUGGCGGUGGUGUCCAUCUUAUGAAUUUUGCAGCUCCGAUUGCUUUGUUUUCCGGACAGCCUUUGGCGUCUGGUUAUGGAGGAGGUGGCGGCGGUGGAGAAAAUAGCCAUUAUGGGGUUUUAGCGGCGUUGAACGCUGCUUACCGACCGGUGGCUGAAACGGCGAACCAUAACAACAACCAACAAAACCGCGACGGAGAGCAUCAUCACAACCAUCAAGAAGAUGGAAGCACCAGUCAUCAUUCCUAGGCAAACACACACAAACAUAUAUAUUCUGUGAGAUUUAUUUUUCUUGGUCCUUUCGUUUUGUUUGUUUGUUCUUAACAAGCGUGUUUUUUUUCGCAUUGCUUUUUUUUUUUUUCACUAUUUCAUAUAUUUUUUUCUUUCUAAAUUCUAAGAGCUCUGAUCAGAUUUUUAUCUUUAUUCUUCUGAUUAAUGUAUUGAGUAAGUAUGAACGUGAUUAUCGAUAUAUCUUAGUACGUACGUAUGUGGAUUUUGCUAUUAAUCUCUUUUCUUUGUUUUUUUCUAGAGGUUUUGGCCUCAUUAAGUAGUACAUUUGUCUUGUCAAAUGUUUUUCUCCCUUUGAGUGUGAGAGUUUUCUAAUGAGACACACUACUUGAUUAGGGUUUUUGAACAAGUUUUCUAUAUUGUGUAUUAUAUUAUUGUAUAUUUCAGUACGGAUAGUCUAUAAGAUAUUAUAAAUUAUCAAUUAAUCUCUUCGUUCAUGGUUUAA